CAGUGACCUUGAGGAAACAUUUAGGUCAAGUAAGGGGUGCGAUUAUAAUUUAUGGACGAACCAAUCACGUAUACGACAACAGGUUCCAGAUUUUGGCGCGAAGUUUUACUCAUUUGGCUAAAUAGUCUUGGCAUUAUAGCUGAUAUCCGUUCGUGAUAAAAACCCUAAAUCUAAUUCCUAAUCCUAACCAUCAACUUUAUAUCAUAAUCCUUAUUCUUCAAAUUGCUUUAUAACCCUCAUUUAACCAUAGUAAGUAGGUGAAUUAAACCCUCUUUGUAGUUUACAAAAUUUGAAGUCCAGCGUCAUCAUCACAACGUUUGCUUGCAGGCUUCAGAACAGUAUUUCCUACCGGGAAUGUUUACCAACGAAAGUAUCAGUAGAGCUAUAGCUCCGACCCAAUCUCCAAAGCUUGGGGAAUUUCGGGUAAAUGUUGGGAAAUUUUUGGGAAAUCCACAAAGUCAAAUGACCUUCACCAAGGUUAAAAGAGGAUUUUGGGGAAAUAUUGGUGAAUUUCUCCAGAUCUGGGGAAAUUUUAGGGUUUUGGUUCCAUUUCUUUAAAAUUUCCCCAAAGUUUACUGUAGCGGCUUCCCCAAAAUGGGUCAAAUUUUCCCCAAAAUUGGGAUCUCGGGGAUAUAUCGAACCUUCUAGACAAUAUCCUCUUAUCGGAAGGUUAUAACAAAUUAAAGCAAGCGACUAUUUAGCCCACCUUGGUGUCUGAUCAGAAAGUGCUACAAAAACUACCAAACGAGUGCGAGCUAAAAUAUAGGCUGUUGAGCCAAAUAUUGCGAGAGAUGGAACAGUUUAUUCGAUCUUACAAAGAUGACGAUGCUUCCCUAAAAUCAAUUUGAAUGUAGCUCUCACCAUUGUCAGUAAGACAAGUCCCUUGCGUUUCGAGCCAGCCUUUAGACUUAAAAAAUCUGACUGAAAUGACAUAAAACUCAAGAGAUAACCACCAGUAAUACUCCAUUCAUACGACGUCUUUAAUGUACAAAAUGCUCCUACAAGUUGUAGUAUUGUGUUGCCGGUGAUAGAGCUAGCAGAUCUUCGGAGCCAAUAUACAACAAAUUACCUGACCUAACACCUAAGGUAGCUUCAUUACAACUUUCUAUAUCUGCCUUAUCUGGAGAAGGGCGCGGUGGCCCUCGGAACCGAAGCGACAGAUGACCACAUUAAGGAACACCAGUAGUCAAGGUGCAUUUCUGUCUGUAUCACAAAAUAUGGUAAGUAGGCUACGAAAUGUGUUACCAUCUGUAAAUCCACUUUCUGCAUGCGAAAACAUGGCACCAGACAGUAAUGAUGACUGCCGUUAUCGAUCAAAAGUCUAGUCCUACGUGCUGGAUGGAAUUUCAGACUUUCUAGUUGACACCGGAGCUGUAGUCGGUGUAACCCCAGACACGCUAGCCAGACUACAUAUACAUAGCAAUAAAUAGUCAUUAAGUGCAGCGAGCAAAACGGAGGUUGAACAUUCGGGGAGCAAGCACUCAUUUUGGACCUCGGGGUUAGACAUCAAUUAAGUUGGGAUAUAAAAUUCAAAACAUUUCUUUUUAAAGGUGUUGCUUUCAAGUCAUGGCUUACAAUUGCACUUCUGUCUUUCUGUUAUGGAACCUUCGGAAGUGUUUUUCCCUCCGUACUACGAAGAUUGUUGUGUCUGGUCUAAGUUCAUACUCCUUUUUCAAAGUUUAUUCCUAUGAAUGAACUUUCAAACCACCUUACCAAUUCGUCCAAAUCAAUUUAAAACUCUAACCUUUCGGAAUCACUACAUAUUACUCUUUAAAUGUUUAUAUCAUUAGCAAGUAGAAGUAAUGAUUUAAAGUUUCUGAAAUUCGUUGACGUAAAGUAGCCUUACCAGAGGACCAAAAAUAAUACUUCGAGGCACUACAUUGUAUAGGCUUCCAUCUGGAAAUCACCCAUUCAGUCACUUUGCCUUCUCACAUAUAAGGAGCUUCUCAUCCAGUCCUGCGUUUUCCUCCUUUUUCUUAAGUUGGAAAGCCUCUACAUAAGUCCUAAGCUAGGCACCUGAUCAAAUUCCUUGCUGUGGUUCUUGAAUACUACAUCGUCAGGCAGACUGGAGAAUUCUUACUAAAUGUAAAUCUAUUCUUAUUAUUCGUAUUAUGUAAUCUAGUAUUAUAAUCUUUCUAUUACAUCAUCUUAGUUAUUUGUGUUCUCAUUUCCUCACGGAAUUAGUACUUCAACAAAAAGAUUCUCAUAUAUAUACGAUUGUACAGUUUGAUAAUAAAUUCGUCGAAAAGAGAUCCUUUCGCUGAACUUCAUGUUUUUAAUUUUUAAUGUUUAAAUGGGAAUUAUGUCAAUUUUGAAUUCUAUCUGUUCACCGGCAGUAGCCAUCCAAAUAUCACUAUAUCUGACACUAUUCCCGUCGGUGUUUCGGGACCAUUUUAACGAUGCAAUGGCUUACUUGCUGCACUGCUUUUCACUGAAUAUUUAUAUGUAUCAUUAAUAACAUCAUUACAUUAAGUGUAAAAUAGGCAGCCUUCCAUGGUUAUUAUUUAUUUAUUUGAGCACAUAAAUAUUGGUACAAGAGGGCACCAAAUAUAUUUGCGCCACACAAAACCUUCCAUGGUUGCUUUUGCUCGUACCUAACGGUAUUGUUUUUUCUCUUUAGUGCUCUGUUACUGUGUUACGGCGAACGACUGGAUAUCUAACUACAUAGCAGCUGUGUAAAAAUCCAAAACAGUUUGGAUGUCGUUUGAUUCGGAGACCUUUAUCAAUAUAUCUCCAGUUUUUAUUCUUAAUAAACAAGCUCAUCUGCUUAAAACAGAUUUAUCCUGGACUUGUGAAGAUAGUGGUCCAUUCCAUAACAAAGUGUUUCGCGUUAGUGUCAUUGUAAAUCACCAUAAUCUAAAAAGUUCUGAGAUAUAUUAUGGUGUUGGAAGCAGUGUCAAGGAAGCUAGACGGAUGGCUGCUGAAAGUGCUUUGCAAACUUGUAUCUUAUUUAAGUACAAUGCUAGUUCAAGUAUUGGGGCUCUACGCACUGGAGGACCGUUUACAACACCGCGAAAUGCCGAUCCUUUCAUUAUUUUGAUUAAUUCUGAUCCAACAUCUUUAGCUCCAAAAGUACAGCUCAGGCAACUGCUUAAUUUACUCGGAUCAAAAGUGAGAUUUGUUCAUUCAAUGGGUGAUGCCAAUAAUAGUUUGCGUCCUAUCAUGUAUAGAGCGACAGCGGAGAUCGUCGGUCGACAAUAUGUUGGAAAUUCAACCACCAAAUCAGGUGCUGAACAAGAAUCAUGUUUAUCAGCUUUAAUGGCUCUUCGUCGGUCAUUGUUGUCUUACAUCAAGACUCAGAAACUAAGGAAAAAAGAACAACACGAUCAAGACAAUAUGUACAUUAAUCGGUGUAUUCAUCCAAAAUCGUCAGUUUGGAGAUUGCGCAUUCUCGCUGGUCUACAUUUCAUUCAGCCACUUUUUAAGAUGGUUGGAAGUAUACUGAAAACCGAUCUAUCUCAGCUAAGAAAGCACAAAAUACUGCUGCUCAAUCAAUGCUAAAUAAUAUGAAUAAAAUUGAAAACAAAUGCUCAACAGUUCCAUUUUAUGAUAAACAAUAUGAUGUUACAUCAAAAUAUGUUCAUAAACAAAAUCAUAAACCAUGUAAAAUCAAACUACAAUUUAAUCAGCAUCGUGCUUCUGAUGAAUCAAUACAUCCUGUUUGUAGAUUGGAAUGUUACAGCAUUGUUAAUAACUUGGAUAAAGUAAAAUAUACAUUAUUAAAUGAUCAAUUACCAAGUGGAGAACAUGCAUCUUUAGCACCCGGUCGUCCUCCAUUUAUCUAUCAGAUUGAGUUCUCAAACAUGUGUAUUCAAGGCCCUGAAGCGAAUAAUAAACGUUUAGCGAAACGACUUGCUGCUGAAUUACUCCUUACUAAAUUGGGAUUGUCUAGUGAAAAAUCAUCUAAUGUCAAGAGUGUUCUUCGAAGUAAAGUCAUCGAAUCACUGGACAGUAAUAUUCAUGCUAUUAAAAGUGUUUCAGAAAAUCUGUCCUGUGGUCUUGUUCCAGAAACUGUCAGUAAUGUACACAAAUCGUUAUCUCCCGUAGAAAAAUCAGACGAUCAGUCACAGGAUACUAUUUCUAACGAGGAACAUCAUGUGAACUUCAGUUGUACUAGUGAUAUUCUUAUCUUUGAUGAAGAAUUGGUGGACCCUGUUUUGUUGAGUAAAAGAACUUCUCGUCCCUUAAAAAGAAAAGAUAUUCAGUCUAGAACAAUAAGUAGUGGCUCGAUUCCGCGUUCUCACUCGAGUAUAAAUCUUUCAGUCAAUGAAACUAAUAACUUGCUUCAAAAUUAUUCUCCUACAUCAACUGAUAUACCGUUGAUUAAUUCAGUAUCUGAAAGGAAUAGGAAUAAUCUAGAUGUCUUUAGUAAAACCAUCGGUUAUUGGAUAGAUUCCAAAAAGUCAAAACCCAAUCAGAAGUCCUAUGCACGAAGUCAUUCGGAAGUCGAUUUCACUGAAGGCAGUCACUGGUAUCGAAAGUUCGAUGGCAUCUAUGAUAAUACAUCUCUUGAUAUUAUUACUGAUUGUACACUUUCUAAAACGAAUAUAAGACUACAACUUUUGGCCCGUGUCGCUGAGUAUUGUUUACAAGAACACGGUCCCAACAAUUCAAUACACAAAAUGAAUGAAUAUCAUACGAGUCAAGUUACCAGUUUAACUGAUCAACUGGUGUUUCUGUGUAGGCGUCUGCUAGUUCCUUGUCAUUUUAUUGAAUAUCCACCCAAAUUAAACAUAGUGUGCAAGUCUGAAAAAGAAUUCAACACUAAAUAUUAUUAUGAAUACACAGUUAUCUUAUUUGUUGGUAUUAAUCCUAUGAAAGAGAAUUCAAUCAUAAAUAAUUCAAUUAAUAGUAAUGGUUAUAUAACAGUAAAAGCUACAGAUUUAACAAGAAAUUCAGCAAGACAUAAAGCUGCCCAAAGUGUAAUAAAACGUUUAACAAAAUUAAUUUGAAUAAUGAUUAUUGAUUUCGAUUAUUUUCUCUUUUUUUGUCUUCAUUUAAUUAAGAAAUGAUAAACUUUGUCCGGUUUUUAUUUAUCUAUUUCUUUUUUAGGAGGAUACAUGCUUUUGUAGUCAUUUAAUUCCUUUUUUUCGUUUACUCUUUACAAAAUACUUUUUAUCCGAAGGGGUUUUGUGGAGAUUUUAGAAAUUUCAAUAGUUGAAAUCAUGAGUCAACUAAAGUUAGACCAUCAUGGAAAACCUGAAAGCACUGGACGGCCGUUUCGUCCUAGUAUGGGACUCCUCAGCAGUG